ACAACUCGUAUGCAACAAGCGUAGAUAGACGGGGUCAUCAUGACAAGCCUCGAUUUCCAAAGCCUCCUCAAGCAGGAGAAGGCGCUCCAACGAGUCCAGCUCGCCCAGAGCACCCGCACAACAGCGGUGCAACAAGAGGAAGAACCGGGCCCCACAAGCAGCAGUAGCAGUAGGUUGAGCGCUAGGCGGCGAGAUGAGGAGAGCAAGGUUGUGGGCACAAAGGAGCCGUCACCGCUCCUCGUGAAGCUUGCAGGGCGGCCGUCACUUGACAUGGAAAAGAUGCGAGUAGGCAACACUCCGAGCAUAUUCUACGUUCCCGACUUCAUCUCGGGGGCAGAUGAGCAACAACUGUUGGAGAGGAUACACGCCCAAGCGAGCAGUAACGAGUGGGUCACGCUGAGGUCACGGCGGCUCAAGUGCUGGGGAGGGCAGCCGGGGGAAAGCUUUCGUCCCGAGCCUCUGCCACCCUGGGUAGAUGCGCUCUGCGAGUCGCUGGUGGUUCGGGGAGUUUUCUCCGAGGAGACGCGACCGAAUCACGUCCUGCUCAAUGAGUAUCAACCAGGCCAGGGGAUCAUGGCCCACACGGACGGGCCGUUCUACGAGCCGCGCACGGCCACGCUCAGCCUGGGAAGCGACGCCGUGAUGCACUUCUCCCCUCGCAUAGAAACCAGCCGCAUCGGCAGGCCCGGGGUGGAAACGCGGCCUCAGGCGUCCCUGGUGCUGAGGGCGCUGUCGUUGGUGGUCUUCGCCGACGACGCCUACUCUCGGCUGCUGCACAGCAUAGACGCAGUCCGGGAAGAGACAGUUGGUUGCGGUGGCAGCAGCGGUGAUGUUGGCAAGCGCGGUGGUGGGGGGGUCGGCGGCGGCGCGCCUGUUAUUAACGGAGCGGCUGCGGGGGCACCGGAGGGAACCAUCCUCAGACGAAAGCUACGGGUGUCGCUCACGUUUAGGAGGGUGCGUGCUGCUGAUAGGGGUGAAGAAACCGGCGGCAGCGGACCAGAAAAAAACCCAGCUGAGCUGCUUGUGUAG